ACCUCACCGUUGUCCUCAGAGGGCUGCUUCUAAGAACAAAGACGUCUCUACCCACAGCAGCCCAAGCAGAGUUUUAUCCAUCAUGACUGCCAUCCGCCUACGAGAAUUUAUUGACCGCCGCCCAGGGAUCCCACCCAGUAUAUUCAUUGCUCAUCAAGGAAAGGACAUCCAUGGCUAUUACCCUGGGCAGCUCGCAAGACUCCACUCUGCUUAUAGUGUGAAGAGAUCUCCAAGACCUCUGAUAGACUUGGAGAUUCCGCCCAAGAGCAAAAAUCAGUAUCGGCCUCAAUUAGACCAACAAACUCUCAUUCAAUAUAUUUGUUCUCGAAGACAUGCGAAGCCUGCCGAACCGUGGCAUAAAGAAACUUCUUACCAAAGAGACUAUUCUCUGACGUUUUACAAGACUGAUUGGGACCAGAAGUUAGCCACAAUUUCAUCGGACCCUAGACCACUUAAUUCACUGCCAGAGCACUACUGUUGUGAAGAGAAGUGGCUUUGAAAGAAAGGCUCUUAAAUGAAAAUAACUGUGGCAUUUGAACAAAA